AUGUCAAGUGCCAAAUCUGUGCGUUUAACCCGCGAAAUGAAAAGUUUUUGGAAUAAACCCCCAUGGGGAAUUACAUGUCGUCCGGAGAAAGAAGAUGUUCUCGAUGUCCUGAUGAUAAAUAUGUGUGGGCCUAGAGGCUCUCCUUAUGAAGGUGGACAGUUUAAAUUAGUGAUAAAUGUUCCAGACCGGUAUCCUUUUGAACCACCUCAAGUAAAGUUUGUGACACCAGUUUAUCAUCCAAAUAUUGAUGCAGUUGGAAGGAUAUGUAUGAACAUGCUGAAAAUGCCGCCUAAGGGAUCUUGGUUACCUACAAUUACCAUAGAAACACUCUUAAUAUCAAUUCAAACACUACUUGCUAACCCAAAUCCUGAUGACCCUUUGGUAACGGAAAUAGCUAUGGAGUAUAAAUAUAAUAUUGAUUUAUUUAAUGAAAAUGCCAAAAAACAUACUAAAGCAUAUGCUGUGUAA